UUUGACAUGUUUUGGCGUGUCGCUGUUUCCGACUGUCCCGUCAUUCACACUUUCACAAACAUGGAGUCUAUUUUCCACGAAAAACAAGAGGGCUCUCUGUGUGCGCAGCACUGCUUGAAUAACCUCCUGCAGGGCGAGUACUUCAGUCCGGUGGAGCUGUCGGCGAUCGCACACCAGCUGGACGAGGAGGAGCGCAUGCGCAUGGCGGAGGGAGGAGUGCAGACGGAGGAGUACAGGACCUUCCUACAGCAACCGUCGGGAAACAUGGAUGACAGCGGCUUCUUCUCCAUUCAGGUCAUCAGUAACGCGCUGGGGGUUUGGGGUUUGGAGAUCGUUCUCUUCAACAGCAGAGAGUACCAGCAGUUACAGAUCGAUCCCAUACACGAGAAGGCCUUUAUAUGUAACUAUAAGGAGCACUGGUUUACGGUGCGUAAGCUGGGACAGCAGUGGUUUAAUCUGAACUCGCUGUUGACCGGACCGGAGCUCAUAUCAGACACAUACCUGGCCCUUUUCCUAGCGCAGCUGCAGCAAGAAGGUUAUUCCAUAUUUGUGAUCCGGGGAAACCUGCCGGAUUGUGAAGCGGAUCAGAUUCUGCGGAUCAUGCGAGUGGAGCAACAGCAGCGGCCGAAGCUGAUCGGAGAAGACGAGGCCCAGAGGCUGGCGGUGCCGCAGGUGUCAGACACCACACACACCACCGGGGAAGAAGCGCCGCUGGACGAGGAUGAGGAGGAGCUGAGGAAGGCUCUGGCUCUCAGUAGACAACACAUGGAGGUGGAGGACGAGGAGGCCGACCUGCGCAGGGCCAUCCAGCUCAGCAUGCAGGGCGGCGUUGAUCCCAGAAGCCCCGGGGCGGUGGUGACGGCGGGCUCGUCUCAUGAAUCGGGAGGCAUUGAGAAGGAGACGCUCUCGGCAGAGGAGCUGCGCAGGAGGAGACAGGUGUACUUCGACAGGCAGCAGCAGAACGCUCACGCUCACGCCAGCAACACCGCCGGAGAAGAAAAGGACAGCGGGACCAAACCCAACCAGUGACCCUCCAGCAGAGAAGCUCUGACCGCCACGAUCCACCCGACGGGAAGCACACUGCGCUCGGUCCUGCUGGGUCAAUCAAGGGACAUUCGUUUAGCUUCGCUUGGCCUCUGUGAGAUGAACCAGGUCAAAGGGAAGCUUUCCCCCGGUACAUUCCUCUUCCUCAGACUGCCGUCUCCGAGAGCGGGACGCCCACGGCACGAGGAACCUGUUAAAGUGGGACCAUUCGGGCUUUAUUGGGGCUCUUUCCUCUUUUCCUCUGUGAACUGUAGUGAAUUACUGUCACAGGUGAGGCGUGUGACACGUGUCCGUAUCUGUGAUUCAUCAGCGGCCCGUGGAGGUCGACUCUCACGAGCACAGUGUGUGUGUGUGUGUGUGUGAGGGCAGAUGUUGAAGAGUGAGACAGUGAUGAAAUGACGUUCAUCAUCGUACAGAUUCAGACCUUCUCUUGUUUUAGUCGUCCCUCAGCAGAUCUUUCGGCUCCAAACUCGUUUCAUAUUCAGCAAUAGUUUUUAAGUGAUUGAUUAUUCUUGCACUUCUAUAUACACACUUUUUGUUUCUUAAAUAAAAUUAUUUGUUUUCCCCCUC